AUGACAUCAAACGUUCUAGCAGGUAUCGAAACCUUAGUUGAGGGCGCAGGCACGGCCCUCAAUGCUCACGACGGCGUAACAGCAACUUGGGAGGAAUACGGGUCGCCAUCGUCAGAUCUACACCCCAGGAUCUACCAGGAAGCCGAUGACCAUAUGAGUGCAGAAAAUCGAAGGGUUAUCGUUGAUCCAUACAAAGUUCCUUAUCCUUUGCAAGCCGGUCCGACAAAAUAUGCUCCGUUGGCCAAGAAGGCCGGGACUGCGAUUGCGACAACGUUGCCAACGCCUCAAUUCCCGGCCAGUGCGUACAUAAUUGCUACCGAGUAUUUGGAGCCUGGGACCGUUGAGACAACGCUCACCGCGCCCGAGACGCUGUCUAUCACGAUGAUGGAGAACACAGCUGAUAGGGAAUUUCAGGCUGCCCCAGCACCACACCCCUAA